AUGUUUCUUCUUCUUCUCCUUCUCUUUCUUCUUCUUCGCCUCCACAUUCUCUUUUUUCUUCUUCUCUUCCCCUCCUCUUUUUUAUUUUUCUUCUCCUCCUCCCCUUUCUUCUUCCCCUCCUCCUCUUUCUUCUUCUUCUCCUCCCCUUUCUUCUUCUUCUUCUUUCAUCCAUCUCUCCUUUCUCUGUCUUUUAAUUUCACUUUUGUCCGUUUCCUUUAUUGUCUAUCCUUAUUGUCCUAUGCUUUCCUAUUUUCUUUCUACCCACUUCUUUCUCUCUCUCUCUCUCUCUCUCUCUCUCUCUCUCUCUCUCUUUUCUCUCCUCUUUCUCCUUCUCUUCGUCUUUUAUUUUCUAGCUCCUCUCCCUCGUCUGCCUGUCUUCUACUAUCCCGUCUCUUCCUAUUUCUUCUCUUACUCUCCUCUAUCGUUUUUAUUCUCUUCUUAUUUCUAACCUCUCUUCCUCUCUUAAACACUCUUAUUGCUCCGGAUAAGGAAAUACCGUGUAUGAUGUGCUACGUAGUCAUGGCAACACCACCCCGUUCUCCUCCUUCUUCUUCUUCUUCUUCAACAACAACAAUACUUUCUCUUUUGUUCUGCUCCUAA